GAAAUACCGGCCAACUGUUCGCCUUUCUUCGAAGUCUUAGGGUCCUCCUCGGCCGCCAUAGGCUGUCGAAAACUUGGAGCGACGGUUCCAGGAAUAGCAGCAGUUCGCGGAAGUGUUACCUUUAGGUCUCCUUGUUUCCUGGAGAAAACCAGGUCGGUGUGUGCUUUUGUCCCUUGAAGGUUUUCGGUUUGUCCCAUAGGAGGUUUGUUUCUCAUGGGAUGACGUGGUGUCCACAUCGUGGAAGUGGAGUAGGGUGGACCUGUGGAAUUACUGGCUCAAAAGUGGAGGAAUAAAAUUUAGUGAUUCAUCAUUUACAUAUAACACCCAGUGCUCAUCCAGGACUGAGAUUUCUGAAGAGAAGUUAAGAGUAGACCCAGAAGACACAAAGCAGAGCUUCCCCAUUGCCAGCUAUUUUCAGAGAGCAGAAAAAAUGAUCCAGGCACAGGAAUCCCUGACGUUUGAUGACGUGGCUGUGAACUUCACAUGGGAGGAGUGGCAGCUCCUGGCCCCUGCUCAGAAGAACCUGUACCGGGAUGUGAUGUUGGAGAACUAUAGGAACCUGGUGUCAUUGGGUUUUUACCCCAGGAAACCAGAUGUGCUCACCAAGUUGGAUCAAGGAAAACCAGCAGGGACAGUGGAAGAUGACAUCCCCUUUCGAACCUGUUCAGAAAUCUGGAAACUUGAUGACUAUUUACCGGAACACUUAAAAAAUGAAAUAAUGGAGAAUAGCCUAGAACAAUGGCAUAAACAUAACGCAUUUGAAAAUACUGUUCAUCAGAGCACAGCUCAUUCCGUGUUAAGACAAAAUCAUGAUAUGUGUGACUUACAUGGAAAAACUAUGAAACCAAAGUUAACUUUACGUAACCAGAACAGAAGCAAUGAAAUAAAGAACCCUGCAGAUCCUAGUGGAGAUGGAAAAUCCUUUCUCCACACUAAUAAUGAACACUUUCAUACUAAAAUUAAAUCCCCUGAAAGCAAGAAACUCAUCAUUACUAAGUCCCAAUUCAGCAAGCAUCAGAAAACACAAAAAACAGAGAAGCCUCAUGUAUGCAGUGAAUGUGGGAAAGCCUUCAAGAGGAAGUCCUGCCUCACUGAUCAUCAGAUCAUUCAUACAGGAGAGAAACCCCACAGAUGUUGUCUCUGUGGGAAAGCGUUCAACAGAAAGUUCAUGCUCACUGAACACCAGAAAAUGCAUACAGGAGAAAAACCUUAUGAAUGCAAUGAAUGUGGCAAAGCCUUCCUCAAGAAAUCACGGCUCAAAAUCCAUCAGAGAACACAUACUGGAGAGAAACCAUACAUUUGCAGUGAAUGUGGAAAAGGCUUUAUCCAGAAGGGAAAUCUCAUUGUACAUCAGCGUAUCCAUACAGGAGAGAAACCUUAUAUAUGCAAUGAAUGUGGGAAAGGCUUCAUCCAGAAGACCUGUCUCAUAGCACAUCAAAGACAUCACACUGGAAAGAGUCCCUUUGUGUGCAGUGAAUGUGGAAAAUCCUGUUCCCAGAAGUCAGGUCUCAUUAAACACCAAAAAAUUCACACGGGAGAGAAACCUUUUGAAUGCACUGAGUGUGGGAAAGCCUUUACCACAAAGGAAAAGCUCAUUGUCCAUCAGAGAACUCACACAGGUGAGAGACCCUACGUCUGCAAUGAGUGUGGAAAGGCUUUUGCCUACAUGUCUUGCCUUGUUAAACAUAAGAGAAUACACACAAGAGAGAUCUGUGGAGAUUCAGUCAAAGUGGAAAAUCCUCCCUCAGAGAGUCACAGCUUAUCACAGACUAGUGGUGUGCAGGAGAAAGGCCUUGUUAAUACAGUGACUAUGCAAGUGCCUUCUGUGGCUUGUCAGACGCCAUUAAACAUCAGCGGACUCUUAGCAAAUAGCAAUGUGGUCAUAGUGGGACAGCCUGCAGCCAGAUGUGCACCCUUAGGAGAUAACAGAGGGUUUGCACAGGACAGAAACCUUAUGAAUACAGUGAAUGUGUUCGUGCCUUCUGUGGUCAAUUAUGUCUUAUUUUAUGUCACAGAAAACCAGUAGGAGGAAGCUUGGAGACAUUCUACGUGGAGAAGGAUUGAGCAAAAAUUUCUAGAUUGUAUUAUGGCUGAAAAGUAUAUACUGAGAGGAAUUGUAUAAAGGCUGAGGCUGGGAAAGCCUGAUUUCCUCAUCCUAUUAAAAAUAUGCAUUGAUACAGAGGCAUAAGCUGAUGUUAACCCAAACACAUACACAUCAGUUGCUCUAUUGUAUCUGUUAAAGGAAUGGAGGAAGUCUGAGUUCAACCAAGUGGAGGAAAUAAUUAGGUGAAUUUUAAAAACAUACAAGAUAAUUUGUAUCUGGAAUGCUGCUAUGAAUGAAAAAUCAGGAAAGGGCUAAUAUUGGGUGGGUGGGAUAUGGGACAUGUGUAUAUCAAUUCAGUUUCCCCAGGCCAAGCUGAUUCGUUGGAAACUGGGAUGUCUGCUGUAAGCUCUUAAAGUUUAUUUUAUGCAGAGGCACUCAUGAAACAGCAGCCUUAGACUGAGUCAAUUCAUUAGUUUAUGGAGUAUUUGUCAAAUACUCCUUUUGUACUGGGUCCUGUUCCAGAAGCUGAGGAUACAGUAGUGACCAAAAGUAGAAAAAGCCCCUAGUUUCCUGGAGAGAGCACUGAGGUUACUAGAUUAUCCUUAAGUGGUAUGUUUACACACCAGCUAAUCUAAUAAGAGGAUGUAAAUAUCCACACUAGGUGAAAUAGUCUUGGUUGUUUGCUGUAAGAGGAUACUGUAGCCUGGAUGGCUUAUAAAAAAAAAUCUAUUAAAAAAGUGCAAAGUUACUACGUAA